AUGGACUCUUUCAAGAGGAUCGAUCAACUCACAGUCAGAUUCGCCGGGGUCAGGGACACCGCAGCCCGAAUUCUCAACAAGGCCAUAGUAGCAGUGGAUUCCUACGGCGACCGAGCCAUCUACGGCGCCUGCGCGGUGGGCAUCGCCAGCGCCAUUCACACUGCCGCCACGUACCAAGUUGUGCGGGGAGCCGGACAACUUCGACAGAUCGCCGACCAUCUCGAGGGCAUCAAUCUCGUGCUACCAAGGGAUCACGUUCUGGAUGCGCUCCCUGCAUUUGCUGACUUUGUUUACCAAAUGCUGCGAAAUCUGAUCGGCAGCUCGUCGCCUCGCGUCUGGUACUUCGUGUAUCAUCCCGACACGGGCUGGACCCAUCAUUUUGCUGGCCAGAUUCGGCACCAAGGGUCGCUGGGGAAGCGCUUCAUCGGCGUGUUCCAGGAUCUCGACGCAGCGGUCAUCUUCAUGCGAGCGAUGAGACAGAUUCACGCGGUCGAUCCGCACAUGAAGGGGGAUUUGCCACAUUUCAAGCUCCUAAUCCCGGCGUAUUAUCCCAUCGUGAUCACAUCUCCGCUUCGCUUUCCCGAGGAGAUUCAGCCGUUCAGUCUGUAUUGUGAUACCCACGACGGACAGCCGCUAGUCUGGCUGAAUCUGCCAGGAGUGGACAACGGGGCCCAUGAGAAUCUCGGACUGUAUCGACCUCCGCAAAGUCUCCUCACCAAACUCUUUGGCACGAAGAAAGCCGACCCCCCUCGAACAUUAGGGAUAUGGAAGGAACAGGAUGAGCCUGAAAAGUCCGAUAGACACUUGCACGGCGAGGUUCGAAGUGACUGUGAGACGAAUGGGGAAUUCGACGAAGAAAGCGGCGAGAAGACCGAUGAGGAUUGGGAGGAUCCUCCACCAUAUGAGGAGCAUUCAUACUCAACCCAUAGAAAGCCGCAUCACAAUAUGAUCGAGGUCGAGCUCGAUCGAGUCUCGACCGCUACGUCGGCUACAUCCACGAACUAUGAUUAUAAUCGAAGAUCACACCAUCAUUCUCACCGACGCCGAUCUCACAGCACGGCCUGGAGUGCUACCACGCAGGACAAAGGGCAUCAGAAAAGACACAGACGGCGCACUAAGCCUAGCAAAACUGGCGAUGAGAACUGCGUCAUUAUUCUCCUGACUAGGUUGAGUUCCAUCCCCGAAAAUCCUUAG